AUGUGUGUCCAGGAUUUCUCCAGCCUGUUGGGUCAGGAGGAUCAUAUGACAUGUGUGGCCAGGAUUUCUCCAGCCUGUCGGCCUGCCGGGUCAGGAGGAUCAUAUGACAAGUAUGGCCAGGAUUUCUCCAGCCUGUCGGGUCAGGAGUAUCAUAUGACAUGUAUGGCCAGGAUUUCUCCAGCCUGUCAGAGAUUGGCCACGCCCUCAGCCCUUGAGAUUCACACAAGGACCCAUACGGGAGAGAAACCUUACCAGUGUAAGAUCUGUGAGAGACGGUUUGCUGACAAGGGUAACAUGCGCAAACACAUGGUGAUACAUGUCAAAAGGAACUAG